AUGGCUACUUACACUCAUGGUCACAAUAUCGACAUCGAAAUACACUUGACCGUCCAUCAUUGGGGUCACUUCGAGUUCCGUAUCUGUGAGGGUGGAUUAAACGGUGAUAAGUACUCGACCCAGAAGGCUGGUCAAGACUGCCUCAAUAAGAAUCUCCUCGUGAGACCCGAUCCUAAAACCCGCUCUGACUGCCGUAAUGCUACGAAUAUCGACGCCAGCAAUUACGACUGCCAACCACUAGACGAAGAACAUCCAGAAAGAUGGUAUCUGCCUCCACCUAACUUUGGUACUGACGGAAUGAAGUAUAGGAUGACCUUCAAGUUGCCAGAAAAUCUCACUUGUUCUGUCUGCUUGGUGAACAAGACUUUCUUGAACCCUAUUCCUCUUGUCAUGGAUAGCGGUGAAGACUGCCUUAGUCAAGAGUCUACCAAGGAGAGGGAGACGGCUGAGAAUACUAACCCCAUUAUUAAGUAUCUCGAUCGUCGCCCUGCUGAGCGUGGUCCAUUUUAUCUCAUGUCUAACGUACUUCCAUAUCAUCCCCAAAUUGCUAUACCAACGACCAACAUCAGGAAUCGAACACUAUAUCUCAGACCCAACACCAUAGUAAUCAUGAGCUCGAUACAACGUGUACAUGAGCAGCAACGUACUAUGAGUAUGAGCUCUGCAACCUCGAUAGUGCUACAUGUGCUAGUGAGAUUCGACAGAAUCGCUGCUAUCACAGCGGAUAAGAUGCUGAAAUGUGAGGUGCUAAUAAUGAUAAAAAUAUAG